AUGGAGAGGGAAGAGGAAGCGCAGAGAGAGGAGGUGGGAGAGGAGGAGGGAGAGGAGGAGGAGGAAGGAGAGGAGGGGGAGGAGGAGGAGUUUGGGGAGGAGGAGGAGAUGAGUGAGGAGGAGGAGGGGGAGAGCGAGGGAGGGGAGGGGCAGCGAGUGCUGUUCUUUAAUGACACGGACAGCAGCGUGGAUGGCGGCGACCGCCAUAGCUCUGGGCAUACGGACGGGGAUAACAGCAAUUAUGGUCGUGUGGAUGGGGGUGGCUGUGGGGGUGCGGACGGUAAUGUGGGUGGCCUCGCCGGGGGGAAUGGCGGGGGGAGUGGCGGGGGGAGUGGCGGGGGAAAGAGGCGCGCGAGGAGGCGCAGGGGCGGUGGCGGGAGAGGGGAGAGCGGGAGCAGGAGCGGGGGUAGAGGUGGGGAGGGAAUGGGGGGAAGCGUGGGUGGGAGCAUGGGGGGAAGCAGCGUCGGAGGAAGCUUCAGGGGGAGCAUUGGGGAAAGCAUUGGUGGCAGCAUUGGCGGAGGAAGCAUAGGGGGGAGCACGGGUGGAGGAAGUAGAGGGGGAAGCAUGGGCGGCAGUGGCAGCGCGGAGGAGGAGGAGGGCUCCUUAGACUACCCGCUUUCCCCCCGUUCCCUCUCCGGACGGUUCCUGGGUAGCGGGGGAGAGAGGGGCUGGAAGGAUGGACGAUGGAGUGAGGGUAGUGCGGAGGCAGAGGCAGUGGGGCUUGGAUGCGUGAAUGUUGGAGGCGAGUAUCUGAGGCCAGGCGGAGGUGGCGGCGGGAGUGCCAGUCUUGAAGAUGAGUACAUGCCGCUCAAGAAAGGGCCGGGGUGGUCGCCGCUUCAGCAGCAGACGCAUGAGCAUGGGCAUGAGCAUGAGCAUGAGCAUGAGCAGCAGCAGGCUCGUGGUGCGGUAGCUGAGAUGGUGGGAGACAGAGAGGAGCCGCGGAGAUUGCGUGGGCAGAGCUCGGCGCUGGCGGGAGAGGGGCGAGGGGAGCAGUGGGGCCGGGAAAGAGGAGGGGACGAGCUACGGGCGUACAGGCAAAGAGAUGAAGGUGGGGAUGGAGGAGAGCAUGAAGGAGAGGGUGGAGGAGAGGAUGACGAUGGGAGUGAAGGUGGCUCCCUUGCGGUGGAGCCAUACGAGUCCACUAGCGGACGCUCCUUGCCGCCCGAUGCGCCAUGCUUGCCGCCCGACGUGUCGUGCGACGCGGUGCAGAUUCCCAACGAGAUGCUCAUUGGGGAUGAGCUGGCGAUCCGAUUCACGCUCACCAACAACUCAACCUUCCCGUACGUGCUCCUCUCCCCCUCUGCGUGCCUCACUCUCUCUGCCCUCCCGCUGCAAGGAGAGGUGGAGGUGGUGGCUGCAGUUGAGUCUUCUCUUCCCGAUCUCUCCUGUUCCUCCCAUUUUUCUCUCUCACACUCUCUCAUCCUCCCCUCCCCUCCCAGGCUGCAAGGAGAGGUGGAGGUGGUGGCUGCAGUGGAGUGGGCGAGUGAGAGUGACAGCGAGAGGGACAACGCCAGGGGGGCUCUCACACCCGGCUCGCUCAAGCGGGGAGGCGAGAGGUCAGCAGGCACGAGGCAGCGGCGGGAAAAGCGGGAGUUCCUGCCGCCCCUCGCCGCCCACGAGAGCGUGACCAUCGACGUCCACCUGGCGCUUGACGAUUCGUCGCUGCCGGCGCCCUUCUCCCUCGCAUCGGUAUCGGCCGAGCUCGUGGCAAACGGACAGCGCUCCCACAAGCGGCGCAAGCAGGUGCGGCUGGUACCGGGGUAUGUGCCGGGCACGGCUGGCGGGGGCAGCAGUCCCACGGGGCAGUGGGUGGUGGGCGCAGGGGCAGCGGGGGGGCAGCAGCAGUGGGCGGAGGUGCUGUUGCUGACAGACGAGCGCUUCUCCUCCACUCAGUAUGGCGCCUGGCGCUCCAUCUGCUGCCUGCUCGGUGGAGGGACCCUCAUUUCUCCCCACUUCCCAAAUCCGCCCACCAGACUGCAGCACGCGGUGUGGGACAUUCGGUUGCAAAAGGGACUGCUCGCACCAGACGCUGCAACACCCACCGCAGCAGCAGCAGCAGCAUCAACGCCAGCAGGAGGGAGGGCCAGCCCCAACGCGCCCAGCACAUCAAACCCCAAAUCACCACGUUUUUCUGGCACCAGUACCAACACCAACACCAACACUGGCACUGGCAGCGACAGCGACCCUCCCGGGUGGCUCUCCCGACACGCUCUCGUCGUGCUCCCCCACGCGCCCCCCGCCUCCAAGCUCCCCCCGCUGCUGCUGCGCGUGCUGCCCCAGAUGGUCGCGACCAGGGGAGGCGUAUAUGGCGCCGAGACCGUGGGUGUGCUUAUAGGGGGGGUCUCUGCCGCCCAGCUGGCGAAUCACAUGCUGGAGCUGUCACAGACUCACCUGAAGGAGUUGACCCCAGGUGGUGGAGGAGGGGGGGUGGCGGCUGGGGGAGUGAUGUCAUGCUUUCUGCCGUUUGGACAGAGGAGUCCGGGAGGGGGUGGUGGGAGCGGCGGUGGCAGUGGGAAUGGUGUGGCGCUAGCUGCCACUGCACAGGCUCAGAAGCUCAGGGCUGAUCUACGAAGCGAGUUCCCCGAGUAUCGACACUUUGUGGAAAUCCAUCUGCCCCCGGACCAGCAGCAGCAGCAACCACAGACUCAGACACAAAAGAAACAGCAGAAGCAGCAGCGGAAGCAUCAGAAGGAGCAGCAGGAGAAGCAGGGGGAGGGGGGCAGCAUGGCUCGAGUGCGGGUCGCCCGAGGCCACCUGCCUUCUCUUUUCCGCCUGCAUGCCCUCCCUCUCGCCGCUGACAUCACUCUGCCGCCCACUUCCGAUACCCUCGCCGCCCCCCUGCCGACCACUGCCCAGCCCAUCACCUCCCACUCCCUCCCCUCCUUUCCCUCCUCCUCCCCCCCUAGCCUCACCCAGCCUCCCCGCUUCUCUGUGUCGUCUGAGCCUCCGGAACUGAGCCUGGUUCGCCGGAGGUCCGGUGGGAGGCCUGGGGUGGGUGGGGAUUAUUUAAUGGAUGAGGAGGAAGAGCAGGAGGAGAUGGAGAGUCAGAGGCUCGGGGCGGGCGCUGCAGGGGGAGAGGGGAUGGCGGGAGUGGGAGGGCUGCUGGCCAGGAAGGCGCUGACUGAUGUGUCUGAUAGGCUGCGCCUGGGGAAGGGGGAUCUGCGGCGGCUGGGCCCCGUGUUCCAACACUCGCAGCCGUGGCAGCAUGAACCAGAGCAGCAGAUGCAGCAGCAGCAGCAGAUGCAGCAGCAGCAGCAGAUGCAGCAGCAGCAGCAGAUGCAGCAGCAGCAGCAGAUGCAGCAGCAGCAGCAGAUGCAGCAGCAGCAGCAGCAGCAGCAGCAGCAGCAGCAGCAGCAGCAGCAGCAGUAUCAACACCAGAAUCAGCAGCAGCAGAUGCAGCAGCCCCAGCAGUGGCAGCAGCAGCAGCAGUAUCAGCAGCAGCAGCACAUGCAAUCCGCAGGUGCACCCACCCACACCAACCCACCCCACCCAUCCGCAUCCUCUGUGUGGAUCCCAGGCAGCUAUGAUGAAUCAGAGCCCUCCGACUCCCAGUACCAGCUCCGCACCACUAACUCUCUCCCGCACCACCCCCGCGCCUGGCCUGCCGAGCCUGGGCACUCUGGUUCAGGAGGCAGCAGUGGGGAGAGCUUUUGGGGCAGCGGAGGCAGGGGGCUUGAUGCUGCUGCCGCUGCUCCUGCUGCUGCUGGUUAUGGUGGUGAGGGUGGAAGGGAUGGUGGGGGUGGAGGGGGAGGGCAGGUGGGGCAGGCAAGAGGGUGGGCCAACGCAAAGGGCAAGAAGGUGCUGAGCGGGCCGCUGCUGUCACGAGGCAGGCGGCACGGCAACAGACGUGCCUGGAUGGGGCGCACAGGUGGCAUGGGCGGGGAUGCAGGGGGAGAAGCGGGGGGAGGAGGGGGAGGUCAAGCAUGGGGCGAUGGGGGAAUGGAGGGAGAAGAGGGCUCUGGGUAUGGUGGCGGUGCGGGUAUGGCCCCAGGCGCAGUUGGGGGGAUGACUGGCAGCAUGAACAGGAACCUUCCCAUGAACAGUAGCGCCCACAUGAACAGUACUACCCCCGAGAUGAUGCAGAAGAUGAUGUCUAUGAGCCUCCCCGGCUCGCUGCUGCAGGCUUUCGGGCACGGUCGGACUGACUCGGGUAACGAGCAACCUACCAUCGCUCGCACGCACACUGACUCGUCGAGACCUUCCCACCAGUCACGGCACCACCACCACCCAGUCCAGUACCAGCAGCAGCAGCAGCAGCAUGCCCAGCAACAGGAGCAGCGGCAGCAGCAACAGCAGCAAUUGCAGCAGCAGAAAUCGCCGCAGCAGCUAUCCAUUCAGGAACCACCAGUUGUGAGCCCGAACCAGACAAGCAGGCUCGGAAGCAGCUUCGGCAAGGUCCCGAGGCUGAUUCCGCUGGGCGGCGAAGACUCGGUGUAUGGAGCGAGUGUGAUGGGGGUGCUGGCAGCGCUGCCGAUGCAGGUGAAGGUGGAUGUGGUGUUCAGAGUGGUGCAGUGGGGUUCCAGCCACUUUGACCUGCCUUCCUUUGAAGGCUUUGUAGGGACGAAACCCAAGCGCCUCCCCCUGCUGCUGCUGGUUUCCUUGGCUAUUUAUGAAGAUUUGAUUCUGGAUUGUCGCAGCGGGUGGCGGGACAUGCCGCACUGCGCCGCCCUGCUACAGGUGAUAGAGAGGAGGGAGCGGGCGGCGGCGCCUGUCUGGGACUGGCCGCCCACUCAGCCGUGUGUGGAUGCUCUGAUGGCGCCUCUCAUGCUGCUGCACACCUAUCAGAUGCUGCCACGUGUCACCAGCUCCUCUUCUUCCUCCCUUCUCUCCUCCACCUCUUCCUCUUCCUCUUCUUCCUCCUCCUCAUCUACCACACUCACGCAUGAGCAGCAAACAGCAGUCUCACAGUACGUCGCACGGGCGGCAAAGCUCUUUGGCGCUGACGUGGCACCUGCUGACGUGGCGAUGCCGGACGGCCGCCAGCUGGCAGGGAUACGGCAGCAGCUGGAGGAGGCGCUGGCGGUGCUGCAGCCCCAUUGGUGGGAGGAGCACUGGGCGGCGGAGGAGGAGGUGGGGGUUGUGGUGGUGGAUGGGGAGGAGGACGAGGAGGAGGCGUGA